GUCCUGCCACCUCAACAUAAGGGAAUGCAGAGUUGGAUCCACUGACCCCUCCCUCCGUCUCGGUUAGCCCAGAGCCGGGCCCUUACCUAGAGCCUCCCCUGCCCCAGCAACCUCCACCAUUUCCUGCUUCUGUCACCCCAAAAGUGCCAUCCCUCUCCUACUGGGUGGCCGAAGGUCAUCUCUUGCUGCCAGACCCAAAGAGGGCAUUUCCUGGGCACCACUGAAAUGCCUGUACUCCACCCAGGAUAUCCCUUCUUCUACCAUGGGGUGCCUCUUUGGAGCAAGAAGGGUGUUGAUUUGCCAAGCAACAGAGGAGGGUCUGGCUAAUUUGGGGCAAGGGUGUCAACCAACACAUAUGAGGGAGCAUGAGAGCUUAUGAGCACACAAAGAGUGUCAUCUUGUCACAGUUGUUGCACACUGUCACACGAGAGCCAGCUCAGAUCCAGCAUGUGAUGUGCAGGUUGCCAAGUCACCCUGGCAGGAACUGAAUAGUGACUGUGGCCCCAGUGCAGCCAGAGUGCCAUCUCCUACAGGAGGGGGGCAGAGCUCCAAGGCAUGGUCAGGGCUGUCCUGCCUCUGGGCAGAACUGAGUCUGGCCCCAUAGCCAAUAGCCCCCCCAUGGGGUCUCUGGAUGCUUCUGCUGACCCCUUUGGCCCACCAGACCUCCUGCCCUUUGAGCAUGACCAGCCUUCCCCAGCUCAAGUGGUGGGCAGUGCAGGGUCAGGCCCUGGGUGGCCUGUCCAGGGGUGCCUCGGCGGCUCUUCCUCAGCCUCCUUUUGUUUUCAUCGUGCUUUUAUGUGAAUUUUUCUGGUGCAAUUCCAUUACAUUCUCUAUGGGGCCCCGUCCUCGAGAUCAUUGCAACCUUACCAAAAUCUCCAGAUACACACUAGAACACCUGCAAAGGGUGGGGGGCAGCCCCUGCAGGCACUGCUGUUGUCCCCCAUUGCAGUCAUCCUUCUGCUCAGGUGGGUGGGGGGAAGCAUUUCCAGUGCAUGUGGAGAUGGCCAAAGGCCCUCAAGCUUCCUUGCAGGCAGAGUGCGCUGGCCCCCAUCCCCUCUCCAAGUGGCUCUCUCAGCUCAUGUGGGGCAGCAUUUGGGUUCCCUGGGGCUGCUCUUCCAUCUCAUAGGUCUGCAAAAGAGAAGGGGCUGCACCCCACCACAAGAGCCUAGAAGUGCAGAGUAGUGGAAAGGCCUGGAUCUAGGCCCCAAGCGACGCAGCAGCUGGUGCCCUUAAAGCACUGGACUUACUCAGAAGCCAGGUUCUGCACAGCUGCAGCUGAAGCAGAAAUGAGAAGGCCAAGGGUAGACACCUGAGCAUGUGCAGAGUACAUCACCCUUGCCAUUGAGGAACCCCCGCCCCAGAGAAGCACCAUGCCGGAGAAGAGCAAGCAUCCCCCCAAGAAAUUCCCCGAGACCCCUCCAGGUUAGGCACAAAGCCAGCCUGAUUUCUCUCUCAGCUCCUGCCCCAGAAAAGCCCUCCACCCCACCCUUCCUGCCCUCCUCCCUGGGUGAAGGUGGAGCGUGUCCCUCUGAGCAGGAGAGCCAGGAGGAACCAGGAGGAAAGAAAUCCCACUUGUCCCCCAGCCUUCCUCUCCUUGUUUCGUGGCCCUGACCCUGCACAGCCAAAGUGAGGUGGGGUGGCUGCCAUUGAAUGAUUCCCUCCUGUGAGCAGGUGGGGCCCAGCUGGGCCCAGGUGGCUAUUAAAUAGCAGAGGCCACUGAAGCCAGAGACUCUGCCGGAGGGAGGGCAGAGCAGAGGACAGCGAAGACGAUGAUGAUGAUGGCCGACCAGGGCUGCUCCCCACACCAGCCUUUCCCCCGCUGGAUUCCCUCUCUCCACCCAGCGGCUAUGUCCGAAGAACACCAGCCGGAGAUGGUCACCACACCCCUCUUGGUGGACAUAGAGGACAUGCCCAGCCACCCUGUCUUGCAGGUGCUGUGCAAGGUCCUCUGGAUGGUGCUGCCCAUCACUGGCCUCGUCCUGGGAGCAGUCUACUUGGACCAAUGCCCACGGCAGCCACUCCUUCCCAUCUACCUGAUCAUCCUGGGCACUCUGACUGUCCUCCAAAUCCUCCUUGGCUCCCUCCCCUGUGGGGCCGGCACUGUGUGGCAAAGGAUCUUGAUCUUCCCUCUGCAGAUUACCUGCUUCCUCUUCUUCUUCGCCUGGUUCCUUGCGGGCAGCGUGUGGGUCUACUCAAUCUAUCCUCCAGACUACGAAGCAGUGGGAAGCCAGAGCUUCUGCCAGCGCACCCUCUUCCUCUUUGCCUUUGGCGUCACCACCGCCCUCCAUGUUGUCCUGGGAAUGGCCUUCCUCUUUUCCCUCUGCAUCCUGGCCACUUUCUUCAUCCUUGGUGUCUCCCUACCCAACAGCUGGAGUGGAGACUGAGGGGACUCAUAGCUGCAGCUGUAGUGUUGCACCUGCAUUUUGGGGUGGGUUGUUGCGAGACUCUUUUACUGUUGGUGCCCUUAGACCGCUUUGUGAAUAAAGUGACUGCCUCU